ACCGUGUGUUUGAAAAUAAAUAUAAGUGACAGAAGUGCCCACGAUUAAGCAAGCCUGUAAUUCCACAGGUUAGUGAGGCAUCACAAUGAACGGGAAAUGAUCAGAGAGCAAUUUAACGGAGCCCCAUGAAAUCCACAUUAAACAGAAGACACAUCGGUUCUGAAUUCAAGGAUUGCCAUAAUAAACCAUCUACUCAUGGAAAACUUUACGAAUGAGACGCAAGUUGUGGUGGAGGGCGGAGAUGCGGACAGUACCGGACUCGGUAUCCGAGCGCUAACCGGGUGCGUCCUUUUCCUACUCAUAGUAUCCACGUUAUUAGGAAACACGCUCGUUUGCGCAGCGGUUAUCAAAUUCAGGCAUCUAAGAUCCAAAGUGACUAACUUCUUUGUGAUAUCUCUGGCUGUGUCUGACCUCUUUGUGGCUGUUCUUGUGAUGCCGUGGAAAGCCGUCUCUGAGGUUGCGGGGUAUUGGCUCUUUGGGAGCUUCUGUGAGACAUGGAUAGCUUUUGACAUAAUGUGCUCCACCGCGUCUAUUUUACAUCUCUGUAUCAUAAGUGUGGAUAGAUACUGGGCCAUCGCAAGCCCUUUCAGAUACGAGCGAAAGAUGACACAGCGGGUGGCCUUCAUCAUGAUCGGGGUGGCUUGGACUUUAUCGAUUCUCAUUUCAUUUAUACCUGUGCAGCUGAACUGGCACAAAGCCGAGGAGGAGUUCAACGUUUCUAACACCGGCAAUCAGACCGAAGACUGCAACGCCACUUUAAAUAGGACAUAUGCGAUAUCAUCGUCGCUGAUAAGUUUUUACAUCCCAGUUGUCAUUAUGGUUGGCACCUACACAAGGAUUUACCGAAUCGCCCAGACGCAAAUUAGACGGAUAUCUUCGUUGGAGAGGGCGGUGGAGCAGGCGCAGAAUCACCAGCAUCCUAGCGAUUGUUCCAACGACACAUCUCUGAAAACGACGUUCAAAAAAGAAACAAAGGUCGGGGGCCCCUUGUGCGUAAGUGGCACGACUUUUAACAUUUUCGCAUGGUUCGGUUGGGCGAAUUCGUCGCUGAAUCCCGUGAUCUACGCCUUCAAUGCAGAUUUCAGGAAAGCGUUUUCAACAAUCCUGGGCUGCAACCGAUUCUGCUCCAGUGCCACGGUGGAAGCUGUUAAUUUAAGCAACGAGCUGGUUUCGUAUCACCACGACACCACGCUACACAAAGAUGCCCCCAUAAUGUUCGCCGCGACGCAGCUGCCACCAGUAGCGUCAAAUAACGGGGAGGAUACGGAGCAGCUCUUUGAUAAAGUCUCCGUCAUCUCCGAUACGUCCCGCAAUCACACAAAUUUACUGCUUCCCGCGAUUGUCCAGUUUGAGUGCGAAGCCGAAAUUUCCUUGGACAUGCUGCCAUUUAAUUCGACUGGAAGCAACGCCUGUUAUGCAAUUCCCGGUCAGAUAGGGGAAUAGAGCUGUCUAUAUGCAUUCCAUGUUACGUCAAAGUUACUACGCGCCAUAAGUAUACAAAGAAUUAAAAGCAGCUUCUGCCAAAAUGAAGUAGAGGAAGUACUUUACAGAACAUGGGCACAGAAACUUGAAGCUGCAGUUUUUAUU